AUGUCACCUCCGAGGCCUGCGUUCGAUUCCCUGCCUUUGCGCAAAGAUGGGCCCCCAGGGAAUGCGUGGGGGAUGUUUGGUGAUCAGGAUCAAAUGGGCAUGCUCAAUCUUCUAACGCCAGAGAAUACCGCUGCGGCUGCCCGUGAGAUUGUUGAGGGUGUGCGUGUCUCGACGGAUUGGGCUCUCAAUAGCAUGGCUACCCCUUGCUUUGGACGAUCCGCUUUCGAGCACGUUAUCAAGAACAAGGCUCCCCGACCAGUCAACGACGAUAUAUUGGUCUUCAACACACAGAGUAGUAGCCAGUGGGAUGGCUUCAGGCAUUAUGGCUCGGCGCAAGGAACUUUCUUCAAUGGAUGUACCCAGGACGAGGUCGACAACUCUGCUCGAAAUGGCAUUCACGUAUGGGCCGACAACGGCGGCAUCGUUGGGCGGGGUGUCCUUUUGGACUAUGCGGGCUGGGCAGAGGCGAACGGGGAGGAAGUGAACUGUUUUCAAACCCAGUCAGUCCCAGCUUCUGUGCUUCAAAAGGUGGCUGCGAGUCAGAAAACCACAUUCCGGCCUGGAGACAUCUUGUUCAUCCGCACUGGGUGGACACGAGCGUACAAUGAGCUCUCGCAGGCGGAAUGUCAGCGCCUUGCCGACUAUGCUGCGCCUCCCGUAAUUGGAGUCGAAUCGUCUGAGGCCAUGCUUCGCUGGCUUUGGGAUCUCGAGGUGGCUGCUGUGGCGGGAGAUAUGCCGAGCUUCGAAGCAUAUCCCUGUCAGAACAAAGACUUCUUUCUUCACGAGUGGUUGUUAGCGGGAUGGGGCGUCCCGAUUGGAGAAUUAUUCGACCUUGAGCAGCUCUCCCAGGAGUGUCGAAAGAGAGGUCGCUGGACCUUUUUCUUCAGCAGUGUGCCAUUGAAGUCGCAAGCUCCUAUACGAGAAGGCAGUCAUUCCACCUCGUGUAGUGAGCCGUCAACGUUCACCCGCUACUCUGAUGAGGUGCCACCAGAACGCGACGACUGGUGGUACAAAGGAACCGACAACUUGCUGUUGAAUCGGUCGGGUGAACAUCAUUUUGUGGGUGCCUCGUCCACCACACAUCUUGCGAAACGCUUGAACCCCGGAUCGACAAAUCUUGCUUGGGAUGUGCGCCCACUCUACAAUGACCCUGCUUCACUAAGAAGACCGAUCAGCGGUGCUCUACCCCAGUUACCACCAUUCGAGUUUGCCAAGAGGCUAUUUUGGGUGCAAUAUGCUUACAUCGGGACUAUCUUCUCCCUUAUUCAACCGCUCGAAUUUGAAGAUCGCCUUGACCUAGUCUAUCACCAACCACUUGACUUUUCACAUCGCGAGUCCUGCUUAGUGUAUUGUCAAACCUUGUUGGUCAUUGCCUUUGGCUUGAUGUACAGUGUGAAUCAGUGGAGCGGUGAAGAAGGGCCCCCGGGCUUCCAGUAUUUUAAGUAUGCGUUACGUUUCUUGCCAGAUAUCCAUGAAGAAGGCUCUAUCUUCUUUGUUGAGGUCCUAUGCUAUGUGGCAUAUUACAUGCAGAACCUGAACAGACGGGACGCUGCUUUUCUUUACAUCGGACUUGCUCUUCGGAUGGCAAUCUCUCUUGGACUUCACCAGGAAGUCUCCGAUCCCUCGAUAAGUGAAGCAGCCCGCAACCGUCGACGUCGGGCUUGGUGGUCUGUCUACAGUCUAGAUCGGCUACUCUCUGUCAAGUCUGGCAAUCCUAUUACAAUUGAUGAUGCGGAUAUCGGUAUAACCUGGCCCACAGCAGUGGAUGGAUCAACAUUCGACCCAUGGCCCUCAACCGUUCUCACCCAUUACACCCAAUUGUCCCGUAUAUUGGGACGGAUUGGCGAAGAUCGGCUCCGCAUGGAUUUCAACUCACUCGAUUCGCAUAUUAAUCGAGAGUCUGUCUCCAUCAACUUGCACUUCUACUCAUGUGUGAACAUGACUGCACGUCCAUUGGUCUUCUAUGUUAUUCAACGACGACUCGACGCAGAAGCGCUGGGAUCUGCCACAAAAGAUUGGAAAGAAGGACUUUCUCCCAAUACUGUCGCUGUCAUUGACAGCUGCAUCACGGCAGCGCGAGCAACUACUGUGAUCAUGGAUGCAGCUGCGAAACACAAUCUCGUUGCUACAUAUGGCUACCUGGAUGGCGAAUAUAUCUUCUCCGCUGCAUUGCUGUUGGUCAUGGUGAAUGCCGCUUUCCCACUCAAUGAAACCAAUGCCCGGGCCAUGGAGACCGCAUUGAGCCUGCUUCGCGGUAUGGCGGAUCGCGGUAAUACAUAUUUGGGUGCACGCCAUGUGCUACUGCUGGAGUUACGAGCCGCUAUUGGACCUAAACCUGCCGAUGCUAAUAAUGCUGCUGUGGUAGAUGCCCUUGCUGCGGAUCCAAGGGGCCCUGAGGCGCCGGAAGAUGAUAAUGGCACAAGCACCCCUAGAGAAGUUCCAUAUAGAAGCGCAGAUCUGGUUGCUUCGCAGGUGAUCACUGAUGACUGGUCACAGAAUCUGGAUCUCCCUACUCUACAAGACAUUGCUCUUCAGUUUGAUCUCAAUGAUGAUCCGGCACUCUGGGAAGGUGCUCUGGAUCAAAUUGAUAUCGACAUGGACACUGACUGGAUUGAGAGUACGUUGAAACGAUAA